AUGUCUCACAGACGUUCUGGAGACCUCACAGUGCCUGACCUCAACACGCAGGAGGUAUGCAUCCAGCUGCAGAUCCGGUACGCCUGUGGCCACUCCACAGGCGGCGAGUUCAUAAAAUGUCAACGCCACAUGGAAAAAGAGGACGAACGCUGUGCUGGCCGUCAAAUCCAGCAUAUCGAUGUCAAGAAUUCGCCACAUAAGUGCCGUUUAUGCCUGCGAAGCGAGUGA